CUAAAUUAAUAUAAAUAUCAUAAAUACUCUCCAAAAAUAAUUUGUACCGUGAGCUGUAAGCUGUGUGAUCUUCAUCUUCUUCUCCUCUCAGAUUUGUAUCUUCGAAAACCAUCCAAAUUUGUUUUUGUUAUCUUAUAAACCCUAAAAUAACCCAGACAAAAGAUAUAAAUUUCAAAUCCCCUAUUUUUAUCUUUUACCGAAAAGAAUAAAAUUUCAAUCAUAUGAUUAAAUUAGACAACAUCUCGUGAUUGAUUGGUCAAUUGGAGUACAAAUUUUCUCUCUCCUGGUUGUUUUUUCAAGUGGGUUCUUACUCAAUUUCAACUCACAUUCAUUGAUCCAAAAUACCCACUUCGAUUUUUUUUGCUAGUUUAAUAAAAGAUUCAGGAAAUCGAUUGUUUCUAAAUUGGGUUGUGCCGAAAUAUUGAGUGAGAUCUCAAAUUUACAUUAAAGUUUGGAACUUUGGACUAAAAUUUGAGGUGGGUUUGAUUGAUUGUUGAAUUUUGUGGGGUUUUUGGAUUGAUUUAAGCAAAUUUGGAGGUGGGUUUUUGAUUAUUAGAGAGAGAAAGAGGAGAGAAAUAAGGGCAAUGAGAAGUUGGCCUGAAUAUUGGAAGAAGAAGACACAAUGAGUGCAGGCUCAUUGGGUCUGGGUUUGCGUUCCGCAAGUUAUGGAUCAUUGCAACAAUUGCACAAUAAUUUGUUACCAAAUCAAUCUCCUUCGCCUUCGCCGCCGCCACCUCCGUCUUUCCUGCCCCGUAAACCAGUGAAGAUGAUGAAGGAAAAGGAGAGGAUGUUACAUUGGCUUUACAAAACUGUUGGCCGGAAAAAGGUUGGCAUGCUCUUUCUUUGUGUGGUUUCUGCGGCGGUUUUUGUUUGGGUUCUAUAUGUCGGCAAAGGCGAAGAUUCUAGAGGAAAUGAAGGUCCUGCUAGUAUAACAUUUAAUAACAGAACAUCUGCAAAUCGUGCACGACAAGCAUACACUCUUCCAAGUAACAGCACACCAGCAAGUAUUGAACCCUCGCUAGCUACUGCAGUGCAAGCUAUGCGAUAUUUCACAGGAUAUACUCUUCCUCCUGGGAAUCCUUGUGAACAUUUUGCAUUGCCACCUCCACCAUCUGAUAAGAAACGAACUGGGCCCCGGCCUUGUCCAGUUUGCUACCUUGAUCAAAAGCAAGCCAUAGAAUUAAUGCCGGAUGCACCAUCAUUUUCCCCAGUCCACAAUUUAACAUAUGUGUAUGAAGAGAAAUCAUAUAAAACUGAGUUUGGAGGUUCUGAGUUUGGUGGCUAUCCUUCUCUGAAGCAAAGAAAUGAUUCUUAUGAUAUAAGGGAAUCUAUGCAUGUGCACUGCGGUUUUAUUAAAGGACAAAAACCAGGCCGAGGGACUGGAUUUGACAUUGAUGAUGCUGAUCUUGCUGAUAUGGAACAGUGCAAUGGGAUAGUUGUCGCCUCAGCAAUAUUUGGGAACUAUGAUAUACUACAGCAGCCCAAAAAUACCAGUGAAGAUGCCAAAAGAAAUGUUUGUUUCUUCAUGUUUUUGGAUGAGGAAACUGAAGCAGCUAUGAAGAAUGCUAGUGUUCUUGAUGGAAGCAAGAGGGUUGGAUUAUGGAGAAUAGUUGUUGUUCAUAAUCUUCCAUACACAGAUCCAAGGCGUAAUGGGAAGAUUCCAAAGCUUCUGCUGCACAGAAUGUUUCCUAAUGUUCGGUAUUCUAUAUGGGUGGAUGGAAAACUUGAACUUGUAGAGGAUCCGUAUCGAAUUCUUGAAAGGUUUUUGUGGAGACAGAAUGCCUCUUUUGCAAUAUCUAGACAUUAUAAACGGUUUGAUGUAUUUGAGGAAGCUGAAGCAAACAAAGCUGCUGCAAAGUAUGACAAUGCCUCCAUUGAUUUCCAAAUAAAUUUUUACAAAAAUGAAGGAUUGACGCCCUAUACUUUGGAUAAGCUUCCCAUAACCAGUGAUGUCCCUGAAGGAUGUGUUAUAUUACGGGAGCAUGUCCCAAUAUCCGAUCUUUUCAGUUGUCUAUGGUUCAAUGAGGUUGAUCGAUUUACUUCCAGAGACCAAAUUAGUUUCUCAACCGUUAGAGAUAAAAUUAGGAAGAAGGUGGAUUGGACCGUCAGCAUGUUCUUGGACUGUGAAAGGCGCAAUUUUGUUGUCCAGGGUUACCAUAUGGAUGUGUUAAAGCAAAAGCAAGCAGCAGCAUUAGGUGCUCGACGUCAUAUUCCAGCUGCUAUCCCCCUCCUCUUCCCUUGCUGCCUCCUCCAUCUCCUUUGCUGCCUCCCCCACCUCCAGCAACUCGAACCGAAAGUUCUUCUAGUCGACGGAGAGGAAGAGGUCGAAGACGGAAUCGCAAGGUUGAUGUUGGAGCUACUGAAGUAAGCAAAGUCAAAGGCACAGAUUGAGGUCAAAUUUUUGUUUAGGCAAACAAAGUAUACAGAUAGUAUGGUUUCGCCUUCCCUGCAUUAGAGGAGAAAACGCUCCGUUGCGCAGGGCUUGGUCCAAUUCAAGAAAAGUGUUGUACUUUUACCAUCUUCAUUUACACAGCUAUCACUGUUAUUUUUUCUCCCAAAGAAAAAGAGAGAGCUAAGAAACUAAAGGGAAUUGUUAUUCAAUUUUUUUGUAUAUAUAAGAUACCACAUUUUUUUUUUAAUAAAUUUGUCAUUUAAGUUUCCACACUUACCUAUACCCUAUAUAUGAUCUUGUACUCCCUCUAUUUUCGUCUGCAGAUGGCGAAAAACAUGAAAUUGAUCAUCUGAUCAUAUUUAUAGGGGGAAUUCUUCAGUAUGCUCGUGUUUGUAUUGUUACAAGCUAGACUCAUUAUUUGGCCUUCGUGUCGUUUGUAUUUUUAAUUAUGAACCCAA